AUGAGAAAGGAUGUCGACCGCCUCGCGCGCGUAAGGGACAACCAGCGCAAGAGCCGAGCCCGAAAACAGCAGUAUGUGAAGGAGCUAGAGCAGCGUUUAUCUGUCAACGAGACUCAAGCCCAACAAAGGGACAUCGAGUAUCGACUGGCUGUGCAAAAGGUAGAAGCCGAGAACAGACAUUUAAAAACUCUCCUUGCAUCACUGGGUGUCUCGAAUGCUUCUGUGCAGCAAUAUUUGCAGGUGGUCGAGCAAAGAGAGAACACCACUCAAAAGAUUGCCAUUCCUGCUGCUCAGCGACGAGAGGGUUUGGAUUCCCCGGCACGUUGUGGCUCUGGCCCCACGCUGCCUGUGGCGAUACCUCGUGUCUAUGAUAACCAGGUGAAGACGGAACCAACUGAGCAACAGUCAUCUUCCUGCGGUAGUGUCUGUGGGCCGGCAGCCAGCAAUGGCUCGUGCGGGACGACAGCUAGCAACAGUGUUCGUGGGCCACAGGCUAGAAAUAAUGCCUGUGGACGAACUUCCAGCAACUCCUAUGUUCCAACCAGCAGCAACAGCGCUUAUGGCUCAACAACCUCCAGCAAUGCCUGUGGCCCAACCGCUAGCAAGAGUGCCUAUGGACCGAUAGCCAGUAAUAGCGCCUGUGGGUCAAAAGCAACAGAAAACCCAAAGUCAACCGAACUGUCCAGUCAUGAGCCAAAAAUUGGAGAUCCCGAUUUAUGCGGAUGCAGCCCUAAUGGACAAGAAAUGGUGGCAGCAACAGAAGAUGACCUUCUCAAUUCGACACUCUGUGGCAUCGCGGAUGAAAUGAUCAACCGGUACAACACCAAAGGAUUAGACCUGGAAGAGAUCCGGCGCAGAACCUGGUCUGGAUUCCGGGCCGGCGCAAAUGGCACUGGCUGCAGAGUUCAGAAUUCUGUUCUGUUCCAAGUGCUAGAUGAAAUUAGCCACGACGUAUGA